AUGUCUCCCAGAAUCACCCGUUCGUCAGCCCGCCACGCUGCGAUCCAAGCUGCCUCGCCAGCCGAUCAGCCUUCCGGUGCAGGUGCAGCUUCUGCGGGCCCUUCGCCUGCUGUCCCCUCAUCCACAUCGACACAAACCCCGAGCACCGCCGGUUCACGUUCAGCCCGCGCUCCAUCGAAAAAACGGAAAGCUCGGAAUAGCGAGCCCAGUCCAUCGCAGCAGUCUCACCCCCAACCCCAACCCCAGACCGAGAUCGAGCAGCCGGCUUCCUCCACCCGUCGGUCCAAGAGGCAGAAGGUCCAGGAGCCAGCUGCACUCGAGCCACAACCCGCCGAGUCCAGACCUACCGUACACAAGAGAAAGGGCAAGGCACCAGCGACCAUGUCGAGUCCCGACCAAUCGGGGCCACACCCAGCCAUGCAGGAGAAGGCAUCCAGCAGUGCGUCUGCUUCUUCUAGUAGAAAAUCCAGCCGUAACAAGAGAGGCAACCAGUCGGCCCAGGGUAACGACCGCUCCGAAGCAGCUAGCCAUCAAGCUGGUGCUAAUCUGACCCGAGUAGACUCAUCCCUAGCUUCCGGGCCAAGCCGUCGAUCGAAACGGACAUCAAGCAACAAUGCACCGCUGGCGGAUCAAGAUGUUUCCAUGACAGGAACAGAUGACAACGAAAGAGAUGUAGAGCCGCCGCCGCCGCCGCCUCCGCCUCCCCCGGCACAUGAUCCCGAGGAAGACAGUGACGAGCACGACGAGGAUGACGACGAAGAAGAUGACGACGACGAAGACGAUCCCCAUCGCCAUUACGAUGAUGAUCCGUUCGGUGGAUUCGGCGGACUUGCAGGUUCCGGGUUGUCGAGUACCCUCAGGGCCCUGACAGGUAUGAUGUCGGGCAUGCCCUCUAGGCUACGGGAGAUCCUCAGCAACCUACGAAUGAAAGAGGACCCUUCCAUGCAGAUGAUUGCCCUGCAGGAGCUGUCAGAGAUCCUCCUCGUAUCAAAUGAGGACAACCUAGCCGGCCAUUUUUCGCCAGACUCGUUUGUCAAGGAGCUUGUGGCCUUGAUGCAGCCAAAUGAAAUCACCGGCGAAGAGAACCCCGAUAUGAUGCUGCUAGCCUGCAGGUCUCUCGCCAACCUGAUGGAAGCGCUCCCCGCGAGCACUGCCAACGUUGUCUAUGGCGGCGCCGUUCCCGUCCUGUGUGCAAAGCUACUCGAGAUACAGUACAUCGACCUCGCGGAACAGUCACUGAGCACCCUCGAGAAGAUCUCCGUCGACUAUCCAACCAGUAUCGUCCGCGAAGGGGGGUUGACCGCCUGUCUGUCCUACUUGGAUUUCUUCGCUACAAGUACCCAGCGGACUGCUGUGACCACCGCCGCCAACUGCUGCAGGAACAUUCCCGAGGAUUCUUUUCCCGUCAUAAAAGAUGUGAUGCCCAUCCUUCUCAAUGUGCUUGGAAGUAGCGACCAAAGGGUCGUGGAGCAGGCCUCUCUCUGCGUCACUCGAAUCAUUGAGAGUUUCAAGUACCAAUCAUCGAAGUUGGAGGACCUCGUCAGUGUUGACCUGCUAAGGGCUAUCCUGCGUCUAUUGGUCCCUGGAACUACCAAUUUGAUCGGCGCCAGCAUUCACACUCAAUUCCUACGCGUCUUGGCCAUAACUGCUCGGGCGAGCCCAAGGCUGUCGGCAGAGUUGUUCAAGUUGAAUGUAGUCGAGACCUUGUACCAGAUACUCACCGGUGUAUCCCCCCCGGAUGAGACGGAAGAUGUUGCCUCAAAGCUGGACAGCGUGGUGAUCAUGCAAGCCCUCAUCCACCGGCCCCGUGAACAGAUCAUCGAGACCCUUAACGUUGUCUGCGAGUUGCUUCCGGGCUUGAAAUGGAAUGAGCUGUCUAGUUCUCAGGUGUCUGGUGCGCCAGACGUCGUGGAACCAAUCACUCCGUCGUCUGUUGGAGGGUCCAGAAAGAAGACUUCCUUCGAAAGGCGACUCGAGUUACUGGAAGACUGCAAGGAUCAGGUCAGACGGUUUGCACUCAUCCUAUUUCCGACUCUCACGGAUGCUUUCUCUAGCACGGUCAACCUCAGUGUCAGACAGAAGGUUCUCACGGCGCAGCUCAAGAUGCUUUCGAAUUUUGAUAAGGAUAUCCUCGUCGAUGCUCUCAAGUCCGUCCCGUACGCCUCCUUCUUGGCUGCGAUCCUCUCUCAGCGUGACCAUCCGUCCUUGGUUCUUUCAGCCAUCCAGGCAACCGAGCUUCUCCUUACUCGUUUAGAUGACAUCUACCGGUACCAGAUAUACCGCGAAGGUGUGAUCAACGAGAUCUCUAAGCUCGCAGAGGAUCAUGGGCCUGAGCAGAAAGCGGCAGAGACCCCGCAGACAAUAUCAGAACCAGUCGCGGGCUCCGCAGAGAACGAGGGCGACCGAGUGGAGAUUCACAACGACUCGGACGAGGAUGAAGACGAGGAUCAUGAUGAGGACGAAGAACACGACGAUGAGGACAACGAUGAAGACAAUGAUGAAGAGAACGACCAUCCUGAAGACGACGACAUGUCUGGUUCUCCUGUUAGCUCCGAUGGUUCUACGAUGUCUAUCGACGGCCCCCCUCACCUCUUCGUUGCUGACCUUCCAUCAAUGAAAUCGAAAAUUGCUGAGGUCGCCAAGAAGUUUUUGGAAGCCCACGAGACGGAAAAGCACGGCAAGGCUCUGAAGAAGAAGGCUACAAAGAUUCUCAGUGACCUUCAGGCCUUGGCUUCUGACAUCGAAGCCUUCUACCUUAACCGUACAGCUAAAAACCUGGCUCCUGAGAAGGGCAUUGCACUGUUUGAAACACUGGCACUCUACUUUGACUCUGAUGUCUUAGAAAACGUGACCAGCGCAGAGCUGUUGGCGUCUGGCUUGGUCCGCGUUCUCGAAGAGGUAUUCAGCAACCCUGAUGAAGCCCUUGCAAAUGCUGCUAGAGGCGCCUUCCUGGAAGUUUUCAUGGGUCGAUCUAUCAAGUCGAAACCGAAAACUGCGAGUGCCGACUCGCCUGCGACCCCGCUCAGUGUGAUGAUUCACAAACUGCAAGACCUGCUGAGUCGGUCAGAGCAUUUCGAAGUCUUGACUGUUCAUCAGAACACCUUUGACGGAAACCGGAGCAGUGCUGCAUCCAUGCUUGCUAAGCAGAUCAGGCUGAAACUGGUGGCAGAUGAGGACUCAGACAUCCCCAAGUCGUAUCGUAACAUCAUGGUAUCAAUCCAUGCCAUUGCCACGUUCAAGGCCUUGGACGACUACUUGCGCCCACGAAUCAGCCUCCAUGAGAGACCGCGUACUACACGGCCUCGAGAUGGCAUCUCGAGAGCGCUCGCCUCGUUGGCUGGAUUGCCAUCAGACCGUCUUUCUGAGCGUUCGGGCUACUCUUCUAGCCCUGCACCUCCGCCUCCGGUUCCGACACAAGCAUCGAGCUCUAGGCCCGCAAGAAGGUCCAAAAGCAAAGUGUCAGCGCUGGCGGAUACUCCUUCAACACCAAAUCAGCCUGCGGCUGGACGGGAACAGACAAGCUUGAGAAGAUCCUCCCGCCGUAACCCCGCUCCUGCCACCGAGACACCUGCACCGCCCCCUCCUCCCGAAGAAGACGACGACCUGCGGGAUGCUCUGGAGUGCGCGGACGAGAAGCCAAUGUCUGAUGAGGACGAGAACGAAGAGGACAUCCCAGACAGUAGUGCAUUGAACGCUCUGAUCGAUGACCUUGAUGAAGACAUGGAAGAUGCACCUCGACCUGACCCCUCGGCGGUGAAUUUGGAGGUUGCUGUUGGUGGAAAGAUCACUGCUAGAAAGGAGGACGGGACCCGCGUGCCAACACCCGCUCAGGGUGGUGUGGGCAGUGUUCCGAACCGCAAUGUUGCUCAGACACCCUCCGCUCCCGCUCAGCAAGCCACGCCCACGCCAGCAGCAGCACCCUCGCGACCAUUCUCAUAUGCUGCUGCGGUGCAGGCCGUUCCUCAGGACUGGCAUAUCGAGUUCAGCGUCGAUACCCGAGUCAUUCCCAACGAGACAACAAUUUAUCGGGCCGUCCACAGCGCCUCUUCCAACGCCGACGAGCAUUUGAGCCGAAGCAUCUGGUCCGCGGUCCACUCAAUCAAGUUCCGCCGGGUACCUGGACCGCCUCCUGUGGAGUCCAUCGGGUUUAACCCAUCGUUUGAGACAAGCACCGAGGCGGAUGGGAGCCCUGCAUCACUAGCCAACUAUCCUACAACGUCCUCAAUCUUGCGACUUUUGAGAAUUCUUCACGACCUCAAUGCCAAUCUCGACGACGUCUUGGUCGAAAACAAGGACACAUUGAAGCUCAAUAGGGAGCCCUUGUCCCAGUUUGUCAACACCAAGUUGACCGCGAAGCUCAACCGCCAACUCGAAGAGCCCCUCAUUGUAGCCAGCAACUGCCUGCCUGGAUGGAGUGAAGACCUUGCUCGCAUAUAUCCCUUCAUCUUCCCCUUUGAGACCCGACAUUUGUUCCUCCAGUCGACUUCGUUCGGUUAUGCCCGAUCUAUGAGUCGAUGGCAGAAUGCUCAACAAGAGGACACCAGUCGUCGAGAUCGCCGGGAUGAGCGACCUUUCCUGGGCCGUCUCCAGCGCCAGAAGGUUCGCAUCUCACGAUCAAAGAUCUUAGAGUCUGCGCUUAAGGUGAUGGAACUCUAUGGGGAGUCCCGCAGCAUUCUCGAGGUGGAAUACUUUGAGGAAGUCGGUACUGGCUUGGGUCCUACACUAGAGUUCUACUCAAACGUCUCCAAGGAAUUCUCCAAGAAAAAGAUUAAGCUGUGGCGUGAGAUGGAUUCGAAUGAUUCCGAGGAAUUCAUCUCUGGCCCGCAGGGCUUGUUCCCGCGGCCCCUGGCUGGCGACGACGUUGCCAACGCCGAUCGCAUCCUGUUCUUGUUCAAGAUGCUAGGCAAGUUCGUGGCGCGCUCGAUGAUUGAUUCCCGUAUCAUCGACCUGAACUUCAACCCAAUCUUCUUCAGAAUCGGCGAUGGCAGCACAGGUGUCAAGCCCUCGCUCGGUGCAGUCAAAAUCGUCGACCGUGGCCUGGCCAACUCGCUGAAGCUUAUCAAGAAAUUUGUUUCUGCGAGGAGGGCCAUCGAUGAGGAUCCAGACCGCACGCCCGCUCAGAAGGUGGCAGAUACCGAGAAGAUUGUCGUCGACGGCAUCUCGGUUGAAGAUCUUGCUCUUGACUUCACUCUUCCAGGUCAUCCUGAGAUUGAGCUCGCUCCUGGAGGUGCUCACACGCAAGUCACCAUCGAGAAUGUGGAGUCCUAUCUCGACAGUGUCGUCGAUAUGACGCUGGGCAGCGGCGUCAAGCGUCAGAUCGAUGCUUUCCGUGCCGGGUUCUCCCAGGUAUUCCCAUACUCUGCACUGAGUGCAUUCACCCCCGACGAGCUCGUUUCCCUGUUUGGUCGUGUCGACGAAGACUGGUCCCUGGAGACUCUGAUGGACUCGAUCAAAGCCGACCACGGCUAUAAUAUGGAUAGCCGGAGCGUCAAGAACCUGCUCCAGACCAUGAGCGAGCUGACAGCAGCUCAGCGCCGAGACUUCUUGCAAUUCACAACCGGCAGUCCGAAGCUCCCCAUUGGUGGAUUCAAGAGUCUUACCCCAAUGUUCACUGUGGUCUGCAAGCCCAGUGAGCCCCCUUACACGGCCGAUGACUACCUGCCCAGUGUCAUGACGUGCGUGAACUACCUCAAACUGCCGGACUACACGAGCAUCGAGAACAUGAGGAAGCAGUUGUUUACUGCCAUACGUGAGGGCCAAGGUGCCUUCCACCUGUCAUAG